AAUAUGGCGCAGGAGGCCACCAGGGGGAAGUCCGUGCAAGUCCCGCCCCGGGCCCCGCCCCGAGCCCCGCGGUGUGACCGUCCCCCUCUCGACUCCUAGGCUGCCGAGCCGCUGUUAGCGGGCGCGCGGAAACCAUGGUUGGAGGGUCGGCGGGGACCUGGGCUGUGCUUGGCCCGCUUCUUUGGGGCUGCGGGCUGGCGCUGCAGGGCGGGAUGCUGUACCCCCGGGAGAGCGCGUCGCGGGAGCGCAAGGAGCUCAACGGCCUCUGGAGCUUCCGCGCCGACUUCUCCGACAAUCGGCGCCAGGGCUUCGAGCAGCAGUGGUACCGCGCGCCGCUGCGGGAGUCGGGUCCUACCCUGGACAUGCCUGUUCCCUCCAGCUUCAAUGACAUGGGCCAGGAUGAGCAGCUGCGCAGAUUUAUCGGCUGGGUGUGGUAUGAACGGGAGACGACCCUGCCCCAGCGAUGGACCCAGGACCUGGGCACAAGAGUGGUGCUGAGAAUUGGCAGCGCCCACUACUAUGCCAUUGUGUGGGUGAAUGGGGUCCAUGUGGCAGAGCAUGAGGGGGGCCACCUUCCGUUCGAGGCGGACAUCAGCAAGCUGGUCCAGAGUGGGCCCCUGUCCUCCUGCCGCAUUACCAUCGCCAUCAACAACACGCUCACCCCCCACACCCUGCCACCAGGGAACAUCAUCUACAAGACGGAUACUUCCAAGUACCCCAAGGGUUACUUUGUCCAGAACACAAACUUUGACUUCUUCAACUAUGCUGGACUUCACCGGCCCGUGCUCCUCUACACGACGCCCACCACCUACAUUGAUGACAUCACCAUCACCACCAAUGUGGACCAAGGCACUGGGCUGGUGUAUUACCAGAUUUUCAUCCAGGGCAGUGACCACUUCCAGCUAGAAGUGUAUCUUCUGGAUAAGGAUGGCAAAGUCGUAGCCCAGGGGACUGGGGGACAGGGCCAGCUGCGGGUGCCCAGUGCCCACCUCUGGUGGCCAUACAUGAUGCAUGAACACCCUGCCUACCUGUACUCGUUGGAGGUGAGGCUGACUGCACAGACGGCAGCUGGGCCUGUGUCUGACUUCUACACUCUCCCCGUGGGGAUUCGCACUGUAGCUGUCACAAAGAACCAGUUCCUCAUUAAUGGAAAACCUUUCUAUUUCCAUGGGGUCAACAAACAUGAGGAUGCAGACAUCCGAGGGAAGGGCUUUGACUGGCCACUGCUGGUGAAGGACUUCAACCUGCUUCUGUGGCUUGGUGCCAAUGCCUUCCGUACCAGCCACUACCCCUAUGCGGAGGAGGUGAUGCAGCUCUGUGACCAGUACGGGAUCGUGGUCAUCGAUGAGAGCCCUGGCGUGGGCAUCGUGCUGGUCCAGAGCUACGGCAACGUGUCUCUGCAGCACCACCUGGAGGUGAUGGAGGAGCUGGUACGCAGGGACAAGAAUCACCCAGCUGUUGUCAUGUGGUCUGUGGCCAAUGAGCCCACUUCCUUCCUGCAACCUGCAGGUUACUACUUCAAGACGCUGAUUGCCCACACAAAAGCCUUGGAUCCCACCCGGCCCGUGACCUUUGUGACCAAUGCCAACUGUGAAGCAGACCUGGGGGCGCCAUACGUGGAUGUCAUCUGUGUGAAUAGUUACUACUCCUGGUAUCAUGACUACGGGCACCUGGAGGUGAUUCCACUGCAGCUGGCCACCCAGUUUGAGGACUGGUAUAAGACCUAUCAGAAGCCAAUUAUUCAGAGCGAGUAUGGGGCAGACUCUAUUGCAGCAUUUCACCACGACCCACCGUUGAUGUUCAGUGAAGAGUACCAGAAAAGUCUGCUGGAGCAGUAUCAUUUGGUUCUGGAUGAAAAACGCAAAGAAUAUGUGGUUGGAGAGCUUAUCUGGAACUUUGCUGAUUUUAUGACUGACCAGUCACCACAGAGAGUAUUAGGAAAUAAAAAGGGGAUCUUCACUCGCCAGAGACAACCAAAAAGUACAGCAUUCCUUUUGCGAGAGAGGUACUGGAAACUUGCCAAUGAAACUAGGUACCAGCCAUGGGCUGCGAAGUCACUGUGUGAGAAAGAGCCUGUUUACUCAGUAAAGCAAGAACUACCUCUUCACUGACACCAGCUGCCAGCCCAUCCUUCCCAAGUGCAGCCGACGUCUACAGCAAACAGAGUGCCUCCUGGACUGUGGGCGACAGACCAGGAAGUUUCUGGUCUGGAUUUUGUAGUAAUUUGCUAGAAGGGAACAUUAGAGGUAAAAAUAAAAGCUUUUGCAGUAUGGAACUAAGAGCUGGCUCAAAAGUGACCACCCCAAAACUGAAUGAUCUGUACUGCUGAAAAACACCUGAAAUUAUUUUUGUGUCAAGCUGUUUACAUAACCUUAACCGUGUAUGGUUUUUGAGAAACCUGUGCCUCAACACUCACACCUCACUCAGAGUGGCUGAGUAUAGAUGGUGCGUGUCCACAGGUAUUCCUGCAGCCUAGGGCCACCCUCCUCACAAGCCAAACCAGGCCAGCCAUGACCAAGUGAGAGUCAGACUCCACAGGUGAGCCCAAGGCCCAACAAAUUUACAGGAAGUGACGUGCUGGGAUAAUGACCCAGGUCCGUGCCCUGGUUUCUGGUCAAGAAUUGAGCAGUGUCUGAACUGGGAAGGAGCUCAGAGGGUACCAGUUCUUGCAGGCGUAGUUCUUGCAGUCCUCUGACCUCAUCAUAACUGAUUCCACUGAUGGUGAGACCUCUUUAACUAGACUGGGCCUGUGGACAAGUACAGCUGACCCUUGACCACCACAGGUUUGAACUGUACGAGUCCACUUUGUAUCGACCCAGCAGUGCAAACUCGUGUUGCCCAAGGGUCAGCGCCGUGCUCAGGAUCGCACACGCAGGGAGGGGCUCACUGUAGUUAGAUGCAGACUGCCCACAGCGCGGGAGGUUGGAACCCCAAACCCUGCAUUGUUCAGGGGUUAACUGUAUUCCCAGCUCCCAGAGGAUGGUCUUCCCUUACAGAAUCAUUUCUCCUCUUCACAGGCUCCAUUACAGCAA